GACAUUUGCAGAUCUAAGGGUUCUGUCCAAUAACAGAUGAACUUCAGUUUUCAAUUCCUCGACAUUACAACCAACCCUACUGUAAAUACUAUCUAUGGUACUAUAUUAUCGAUACCAUGGACCAGUGAACUAUGGUUAGUUUCACUAAUUGGAUUUCAUUUUCUCACAUCCAUAUGUGUAAUUGCUUUCCGCAAGUGUACAAAUUUGUUGCUGUGUAUUUUGCUUAUUUCCCUUGGUACUGUUUGGUUUUCACACCGGAUUAAUGAAUUCGCUGCUAAUAACUGGAACUUGUUCGCUACUGAGCAAUAUUUUGAUAGUUAUGGAUAUUUCAUAUCUUGUAUUUGGAACAUUCCUGUUAUUUUAAACAGUCUACUAAUUGUUCUACUCCUUGUUUUACAGAUCAACAGUUUAAUAAUUCAAUCUAAACGAUUGCAAAUCGCUAACAAAAUGCGAUUAAAAACAGAUUAAAAAACCUUGUUGAUUUUUAAUUAAACUUCUGAGUUUGUAACUGAUUACUGUUUUUUCGCGUGCCAAGUCCGUUUUUAAGAUGACUUAGCCAAUUCUUACACUAAAUUACAUAUAAUUAGACUGAAAAAAAAGUGACAGGGAUAACACAUAUGGCACAGAUUUAUGAAACCUCAUACUGCUGUUUAGUUUGUUGGCUGUUGCGAUUAUAUAAAAGUGACUGAAGGCUGCACUGGUGUGGUUGAAAACGAACUCAAUGUAUACACCUACUUCACAAGUACCUUGAGAUAUUUCGUGUCACUUUACUCUAUUCAUUUUUGGAUUGUUAAACUACGAUGUUACUUAGUUUAUUUCUACAUGUGAGGUUAAGAUAUAGACCAUCUUAAAUCGAUGCGUUUUCUUAUGAAAUUUAUGAAUAAUAGUCGCUUUUGAAGUAGUCUCUGCUCCCAUAUAAGCUGGUUCCAAAAGGCAUAGUAGUUUAGCAUUGAUUUUCUCGUAUGCCAUAUCAAGAUAGAUGCUAAGUUUCUCUGAAUUAUUUACUGGAAAAAUGUUCAGAACAUUAUGCGAAAUCCCUUGGAAUUUUGCAGAUGCUCACGCAAUGAUUACUUGCGAAUGAAGUAGCUGUAUAGAUUAGAGGGUGGAGAAUUUCUAGGUACUUGGUAAAUGAUACGUAGCUAGUGAAGCGAGAUCGUGGUAGUACAUCCUCUCUAUAUAUAAUUUUCCACCAUCCUACAGAAUAUAACAACUAAUAAGUAGAAUAUACUCAUCAAGAGUUCCUCAAGUACACUCUAAAGAGCCACACUAAGUGUAAACUACACGCCUCAUGAAACUGAGCAUCUUACGUUCAAACUUGUUUGUAAGUGCAAAGUAGAUAGGAUACCGAUCUUGAAUCAUAGUUGAUU